AUGGAGCUCGGCAGCAAGAAGAGAGCAGCAAGCGGCAGCCACCGGCAGCCCAUCGACUGCAGCAACUGCCGUGGCGCACAAGUCGCCUGCGAUAUCUGGGCCUGCGACGCCGGGCCUCAACAGCCGCUGCUGGCCCUGGUCGAGCAGCUGGGCCUCAAGCUGGAUCUCCUCGAGCGCGACAACGCGCAGCUGCGGGCCGACCUGCAGGCCUUGACGGCUCGCCAGCUCGACACCGACGCCACCGUCGGCCGCCUGCGCGCCCAGCUCGCAGCCGCCACCGAGGGCGCGCUGACUGAGCGAUCGACAACGAAUACCACCACGACCACGACCACGACGACGGGCGAGCCGGCGGCCAAGCGCUCGAGGCGGUCGCACCAGGCCGAGGUACAUGGCGGCGGCGGCGCAUCGUUGGCAUUCCAACACCACCAAGCAGGAGAGGCCGGGACGUGGAGGUCGUUGUUGGACCUGCGCCGCUUGAUGCCGUUCCUCGACCCCUACGUCUUGCCCGACACCUUCGUCCCUCCCGACCUGCGGGGUCCGGUGCUGUGCACGCAGGUGACGACAGGAGGCGCCGCGCCGCCGGUGUUCGUCUUCGCCAACUCCGCCUUGUGCGAACUGUUCGGCUGCACUCUGGCGGAGGUCAUAGGGCAGCCGCUCACCAGCUUCGUGGCCCUCGACCGUGAGAAGGCCGCCCGCUUCGCCAAAACUCGCAGCAAAUCGCUCUUCCGCGCCCGAAGCGGCCAGCUGUGGCGGGCGGACUGCAGCUUGCACAUCUUCUUCGAUCAACAUGGCGACCCAAAGCACGUCCUCAAUUCGCUAGUUCGAUGGGAGCCUGGACAAUUGGAGGGCAGCGAGGCCUUCGAUCAAUGGACGCCCGUGAGCGAGCUAUGCAAGCAACUCCUCAUCUCCAGCCACGACAUGCAGCAGCCGCACACGCCGCACGCACACACGACGCCUCACCACCCCAUGACGCCAGCAGAUGGUGGUCCAGACCUCUUCCCUCCGUGGCUGUCAGCACCGGGCGACCUCACGCUGGAGGGCCUCAGCCCCAGCGACUACUGGACGCUGCUGUAG